CGGCACAAAUACAUACCAAGAGAAGUAAGGACCACGCGACGUUGCCAUCCACUUUCUUCUCUCGCUCUCUCUUCUCUGUUGAGUUGUUCUGAUCUUCCUUGACCGGAGCCAUGGCAGAAUGGUUUGGUGCUCCAAUCAUGGAGAAGCUCAUCAACACUGGCUUUCAGUACCUGGGAGAUCAAGUCAGAUGGCAGACAGGCAUGAAGGAGGAGCUCAAAAGGCUGCGAGAGAACCAUCCCAAGAUCCAAGCUAUCGUCCACUUUGCUUCCAGCCAAGAACAGAUCAGAGACCAAAAUACGGCUCUGAACGAAUGGCUAUGGCAGCUACGAGAUGCAGUUGAUGAGGCAGAUGAUGUGUUGGAUGAGCUGGAGUACAUGAAGCUCAAAAACCAGCUGACCAAAAAUAAGAAGCAGAGAAAAGUGCGUUCCAUCAUGAAAGCCAUAAAUAAACGACUUGUCCAAAUUGCCAAACGUACUCUCAAAAUCGAUCCCAACUUGAAGAGUUUAGAGAAGGUUGUGCAGAAACUUGAUAAAGUUUCUGCUGGUGUUGCUACUUUCCUUCAUCUUGUAAAAGACGCAAAGCAGGAGCAUCAGGAACGGCAGCUUGAGCUGUACAGAGCACGUGAAACUGGAUCCUUGCCUAAAAAUGUUCUCAUCGGUCGAGGCAAGGAUAAGGACUUUGUUAUGAAGUGGCUAAGAAAUCCAUCAGAUGAAUAUCAAACAACUUUGUACAGCAAUAUUUCUCUGCUAUCUAUCGUGGGUCAAGGCGGUAUGGGGAAGACAACUCUCUUGCAGCAUGUAUAUAAAGAUGAAAUGACAAAGGAAUUUGAUCUUAAAAUGUGGGUUUGUGUUUCCAACAACUUUGAUGUGAAUCGAGUCAUUGCAAAUAUGUUGGAAUCUCUUAAAAACGAGAGGAUUUGUUUGGACACACUUGAUGCACUUCAAAAGAGUCUCGAAUCUGUGGUGAAGACCAAGAAAUUCUUACUUGUUUUGGAUGAUAUUUGGGAAGAGAAUGAGGAGCGGGAUAAAAGCAAAUGGGAGAAUGUGCUCGCCCCUCUAAUUCAAGGAAAAUUGGGAAGUAAGAUUUUGGUAACAACUCGGAUGGACUCUGCUGCAUUGAUGGUUGCAAAGGUGAUUAACAAGAAGAAUGAAAUGUUGAGAUUAGAGGGCCUAAAGGAUGAUGAGUGUUUGCUCCUCCUCCUUAGAUAUGCAUUUGUCAAUGUAGAGAGACUUAAUGAUUAUCACAAUUUAAGGUCCAUUGCUGAAAAGAUGGUUAAAAAACUUUCGGGAUCUCCAUUGGCCGCAAGGGUCAUUGGUGGUGUUCUCAAUUCUCAUUUGGAUGAAAGCCAUUGGAUAAGAGUUUUAAACUAUGAUAUUGGAAGUCAAAAUGACAUCUCAUCUGUCUUAAAAUUGAGUUAUAUAUUCCUCCCAAGAGUUCUGCAAAAUUGUCUUUCAUUCUCUGCCAUAUUCCCACAAGAUUAUGAGUAUGAUAAAGAUGAUCUAAUUCGUAUGUGGAUUGCAUUGGGUUUCAUUCAAUUGCCUAAUAUUCCAGGAGAGACCCUAAAGGAUGUUGGAGAGAGGUACUUCGAUUUUUUGGUAAAAAAAUCUUUAUUUGAUAAAUUUCAGAGUAAACAUGGAAUAUACUACAAGUUGCAUGAUUUACUACAUAUGUUGGUACGAUCUGUUUCUACACAAGAAUGCUUCAGUGUUAUAGGUGAUGAAGAGUUGCUUUUAGGAAUUCCUAAGACAAUUCGACACUUGUUUGUUUAUACUAAAAAUUUUGAAGUGCUCAGAAAGAUGAAAAGUUUCAGAAAUUUGCGUUCACUUUUCUUGCUCUACAAUCAUUAUGAAGAUUUUGCUGAUGGUGUACUUAUUGAAAUUUUCGAAACAUUGAGAAGCAUUCGUUUAUUGUACAUAUGUGCACCGUGCCUGAAACAUAUACCAGAAGUCGAACAUUUGACACAUCUUAGAUACUUGAAUAUUGUUGAUACCAGAGUCACUCGGUUACCAAGAUCUCUAAGUAAUCUCUAUCACUUACAGUUCCUGAUUUGUGAUGAAAAUUUUUCAAAUUUGAGAGAAGAUGAUUUCUUACCAAGGGAUUUAAAUAACCUUCUUAAUUUGUAUUAUAUGAAACUUCCCUUUCCUGGAAUGUAUGACAUUGGGAAGCUAAACUCUCUUCAAGAGCUUGAUGGGUUCUAUGUUCAGAAUAAGGCUGGUUAUAAGCUUGAGGAGCUGGAGCACAUGAAUGAACUUUGUGUAUUAACAAUCAAUUUUCUUGAAAAUGUGAAGGAUUCUAGAGAUGCUUGCAAUGCCAAAUUAUGUGAUAAGAGGAACCUCACAGAUUUGUCGUUAGUAUGGCGUAACAUUAGACGUAGAGAUCAUUAUCGCUCGAGUGAUCUUAUGAGCCAUGGAGUUUCCAACUUGGAUGAGAACGUGCUUGACAAGCUUGAACCACAUAGUAGUCUAAAGAAACUAAAGAUAAAUUCUUUCAUGGGUACCAGGUCUGCAAUAUGGAUGAACAAUGACAACUUGAUCUCUAAUCUAGAGUACAUCCAAUUGGAAGAUUGCUUGGCGUGGCAAAUUCUUCCUCAUUUUGGGCACCUUCCCUUUCUCAAGUAUCUGUACCUUCGUAAUAUGCCAAAAGUAAAGCGGUUUGAUUAUAAAUUUCAUGGGCAUGAUAAGGAUUGUCUCUUUCCAUCGCUGCAAGUGCUAGAUAUUAAGAAUUUGAACGCAUUGGAGGACUGGUUUGAUACAAGAACAACAGUAAAUGGUUGCUUAUUUCCUUGCUUGACUGCAAUGUGCCUACAUGAAUGUCCCAGUUUGCAGGAGUUGCCCUCUUUACCUCCUAAGCUCAAGGAAUUAGAGAUGGUUAACAUUGGGUGGAAUGCUUUUAACUUGCUACAAGACGCUAGCAACUAUUGCAGUAUUUUAAUUCAAAAUUUGCCCAAUCUGAUCUCUCUCAGAGGAAUGCAUGAACCGGAGACCAUUAAUAAUUACCAGCUCAUACUCAGUGAACUCAUUAUAAAGGAUCCAUUCGUGUUGCUAAUGGUGCCGUUGACAAGGAUCACCUCCAUACAGAAGCUAGAAAUUCAGAACAAUUAUACGUUGUUUUCAUUUCCAAUUGAGGUAGAGCAGUGGUUUCUUAAAGUUAGCUCAUCCCUUUGUGAGCUGAACUUGAAACGGCUCAAAUUUUUGCAGUCAUUCCCAUCCUUUUUGGACAGCCUCUCUUCUCUUAAGAUUUUACGUGUGGAAAAUGUACCUCAGCUCCAGCUGCUUCCCAACAUUCCUUUCUCUCUGGAACGAUUAGAGCUCGUAGAACUCGAAUGCUUACAGUCUCUCCCUUCCUCCUUGGAAAGCCACUGUUCACUCAAGAUUCUAUGUGUGGAAAAUGUUCCUCGGCUCCAACAACUGCCAAACAUCCCUGCCUCUUUGGAACGUUUAGAACUUGCAGAACUCAGAUCAUUGCAAUGCCUGCCAUCUUCUUUGUCCUUCUCUUCCCUCAAACAUCUUGAAUUACGACACAUUCCUCUCCAAAACCUGCCGGACCUCCCUGCCACUUUGUGUGAACUAUGGUUACAAGGUCUUGAGUGCGUGAAUUCCCUUCCCGCUUCUUUUCAUAACCUUUCUUCUCUACAAAAGCUUACUAUUAAUUGGGCUCCUCAGCUCCAGGAAUUACCUGAGCUCCCUCCUUUUUUGUGUUUCAUGUAUUUAUCAUCUCUUACUAAUCUUGAUUGUCUGCCUUCUUGCCUUUCUAGCCUUUCUUCUCUCCAAGAACUUACAAUCAGUGACUCUCCUCAGCUCCGGGAAUUACCAGACCUCCCUUCUUCCUUAAAAUCUUUGUUAAUUUUUAACUGUCAUCCAGAGUUAAUUGAACGCUAUCAAGAUUGGAGGAUUAGCGGGUUGCCAUGGGCGGCUGGCCGAUCAGAGGUUGCAUGUGAAGGCGAAGUGGACUGGGACCGCGAGGGGCAGCGGCAGACGCGGUUUGGCUCUGUGAUCGGAGGCGGAGCAGUUGCACAGAGCGGAGAAGAAAGUAGGUGGAGCAUUACUUUCAGUCGUAGCUUCUUUCUCUCUCUCUAUCUCUGCCUCUCAAUUAUUAGAGACUAUCUAAUCUUCAUCUCUUCCAAUCAAUUUCCAUUUCUCUUACUGUUCAGUUGUUCUGCUCUCUCUACCUCGAUCAGCGGUGCCAUGGCGGAAUGGUUUGUUGGUCCAAUCAUGGAGAAGAUCAUCAACGCUUGCUCUGAUUACCUGGAAGAGCAAGUCGGAUGGCAGACGGGCAUGAAGAAGGAGCUGGAAAGCCUGCGAGAAAACCACCCCAAGAUCCAAGCUGUCGUCUUUGCUGCGAACCAAGCACAAAUCGGCGAUCAGAACCCAGCUCUCAGCAAAUGGAUAUGGCAGCUGCGAGAUGCUAUUGAUGAGGCAGAUGAUGUGCUCGAUGAGUUGGAGUACAUGAAGCAUCAAGAACAGCUGAACAAAAACAGGGAAGAAACAAAGAAAAGAAAGUUCAUGAACUUCCUAUUUGAAAGUCCUCGUAAAAUUCUCAAAAUUGGCGAACGGCUUCUCAAAAGGGAUCCCAACCUGAAGCGACUGGAGGAGGCUGUGCAGAAACUUGAUAAAGUUUCGGCUGAUGUUACUACUUUCCUUCAUCUUUUAGACAGCACGAAGCAGGAACAGAAGGAGCAGGAGGUUGAUUUCUUCAAAACACGUGAAAGAGGAUCUUUGCCUACAAAUGAUCUCAUCGGUAGAGGCAAGGAUAAGGAAUUUGUUAUGCAGUGGUUGAGGAUGCCAUCGAAUGAGGAACAUCAAGCUCUUGUUAAUGGAACUAAUUUGUACAGAAACAUUUCUCUGCUAUCUAUAGUGGGCCAUGGUGGUAUGGGGAAGACAACUUUCUUGCAACAUUUUUAUAAAGAUGAUGAAAUUACAAAUGAAUUUGAUCUUAAAAUGUGGGUUUGUGUUUCCAACAACUUUGAUGUGAAAAAAGUAAUUGCAGAUAUGUUGGAAUCUCUUAAGAAGCAGAGGCCUCGUUUGGAGACACUUGAGGCACUUCAAGAUAGUCUCAAGAAUGAGUUGAUGUUCAAAAGGUUCUUACUUGUGCUGGAUGAUAUUUGGGAGGAGGAGGAGAACCGCGAUAUCAGCAAAUGGGAGGAUGUGCUUGCUCCUCUAGCUUAUGGGAAAUUCGGUAGCAAGAUUUUGGUGACAACACGAAUGGACUCAGUUGCAAUGAAGAUGGCAAAGAUCAUUAAAAAAAAAGAGAAAAUAUUUAGAUUAGAGGGCUUGAAGGAGGAUGAGUGUUUGCAGCUCCUCAACUCUCAUGCAUUUGCUGGUGUAGAGAACCCCCCUGAUGAUCAUCAAAAAUUAAGAGCCAUUGCUGGAGAGAUUGUUAAAAAGCUUUUAGGAUCUCCAUUGGCAGCUAAAGUCAUUGGUGGCGUUCUGAAUGGCAACUUGGAUGAAAGGCAUUGGACAAAUGUUUUAAGUAGUGGUUUUCUAAGUCCAAAAUUGGGUCAGAAUGACAUCUUUCUUAUUUUAAGAUUGAGCUAUAUGUUCCUCCCUAAACAUCUACAAAAUUGUUUGACAUUUUGUUCUAUAUUUCAACAAGAUUAUAUAUUUCGUAAAGAUGAUUUAGUCAAAAGGUGGAUUGCAUUGGGUUUCAUUCAGCAACCUCGUGAUCAAGAAUGGACCAUGGAGGAUAUUGGAAGAAGGUAUUUUGAUGACUUGGUUAAAAAAUCUUUCUUUGAUGAUUUUGGAGGAUACUACAAGAUGCAUGAUUUAAUACAUGAAUUGGCACAAUCAGUUUCCAUCCAUGAAUGUUUAAGAGUUGAGGAUGGAACAAAGUUGUUUUCUAUAAUUCCUAAGACUCUUCGACACUUGUCUGUUCAAACUACAAAUCCAGACAUCAUAAAAAAGAUUGGGCAAUUUAAAUAUUUGCAUUCUCUUUUCUUGUUCGAUGAAGUUUCUAAUCAGGAUAUCAGCGCACUUAUUGAAAUGUUCAAAACAUGGAAAAGCCUACGUUUAUUAUACAUGCAUGCUUCAGCAGGCUUGAAAAUGAUACCAGAGGAGAUUGGAAAUUUGAUACAUCUUCGAUACUUAAAGAUUGAUAAUUGUAAUUUGACCAUGCUGCCAAGAUCUCUAAGUAAUCUCUAUCACUUGCAAUACAUAAUAUAUGAUGAGCCAAGGAGGCUAAACCAAUUUGAAGGUGACCAAUUUGAAGGUGAUGAUUUUUUACCAAUUGACAUUAAUAGCCUUUCUAACUUGCAUUACGUGAAAUUGCCCGGGAAUUAUAUUUCAUCGAUAUGUGGGAUUGGGAAGCUAAAGUCUCUUCGAAAACUGAAUAUGUUUGAUCUUAGAGAUGUGAGUGGUUAUAGAAUUGGGGAGUUGGAGAAUAUGAAUGAACUUUGCAAAUUAGGAAUAAAUUGCCUUGAAAAUAUUAAGGAUGCCGAGGAGGCUUCUAGUGCCAAAUUAUGUGCCAAGAGGAGGCUCGCAGAUUUAACCUUAUGUUGGAGUAACACUGAUUCGAGGAACAUCGAUUUCAAUGAGAACGUGCUCGACAAUCUUCAACCACCAAAAUGUCUAAGGAAUCUGAGCAUAAAGAGAUACAUGGGUGCAAGGUCUCCAAUAUGGAUGAACAAUGUCAAUCCAACCUUCAAUAUAGAGAAAAUCGAAUUGACAGAUUGCUGUGAGUGGGAAACUCUUCCUCCUUUCGGGCAACUUCCCUUCCUCAAGUCACUGACACUUUCUGACAUGCCGAAAGUAAAAUGGCUCGAAAGUAAAUUUAAUGGGAAUGAUAAAUACCAUGCCUUUCCAUUGCUAGAGGUGUUACAUAUUUUCAGAUUAGAAGCAUUAGAGGAUUGGUUUGAGGCAGGAGUAGCUGCUGAAGAUGGAUGUUUGUUUCCUUGCUUAAAAUAUGUGGAUCUAGAUGACUGCCCGAAGUUGAAAGAGUUGCUCUCUUUGCCUCCUAAGCUCAAGAGAUUGUCCAUAAGUAAUAUUGGGUGGAAGACUUUGAAUUUUUGUGGCAAUUCAAAUCCUAUUCCCCUUGAAACAUUAGAGGUCUUUCGUUGUCGAAACAUUACAUCUCUUCCUCUGGCUGAUGAAAUAGCAAGACUUGCAGCACUAAGAUCGUUGACAAUUAUAAAUUGCCCCAAUCUGAUCUCUCUCGGAGAAAUGCAAACCACUAAUAAUUGCCAUCUCAAUGCUACAGCAAUCUCUGGAUAAGUGAGUCCAUCGUGUUGCUAAUGGAGCCA